AAACAUUCUUCCAAAUAUCAAAAAUCUAGAAAUUUAUACAGGUUUGGAACAGAUUGAGUCAUUUUAGGUGAACUAUCCCUUUAAUUUCUCUUUCCCUUUCUCUUCCACGCACAUCCCUAAUUUUCUAUUUCCCAAACUGUUGUUGUUUAUUUAUGUUUAGUAGAUGUGUCUUAUCAGCUUGGAUAUAAACCCACGACAAACUGCAUGAAGCAAGCAUUUUACAGUCAUAGGUUUAAUGCAGUGAAACCAAACACGUGUGUGUGUCUCAGUGAAGCUAGCAUGCCUGCACUGUCAGUCGCAUUGGCCUCUUAAAGAGACACCUCUGCUUUUCUGCUGUGUCUCUGCAGUACCGCCCUCUCGCCUAAUCUCUCACUCACCUACUUUCUCUGUCUCUCUCUCUCACUGCGGUUCGUCUUUCUGCAGAUCUUGCUUUCUUUCGGCCUGUGUGUGUGUGUGUGUGUGUGUGUGUGGGGCGGAAUGGAGUCAGAAGCAGGUUCAUGUUGUGCUAUCAGUGAGUCAGAAUUUUACAUUCCACAUUUGUCAUUGAGACCGGUUUGAGGCUUAUCUAACUAAAACAAGAGGAAGACACCAUAUAGAGGACUAGUAUUCUGCUGGUUUGGGGACUUUGUCUGUCAUGCAAGACCUGAGGAGCGAAUCAGAACGUCUCAAUGAGGUCAAGGGUCAUUUGGAAAUUGCCUUACUGGAGAAGCACUUCCUACAGGAGGAAUUGCGGAAGCUCCGAGAAGAAACCAAUGUGGAGACCCUUAAGCAGGAGCUGGAGAGAGAGCGCAGCCGAAGACUUGACCUGGAACAGAAGAUGAAUGAUGUGCUGAAGACCAGGUGUGAAGAUUCUCCACCUCAGCCUCCACGAAAACAGCAGCCACCUGCAGCUAAUGGCACAGACAAACAGCAGAAGGAGACGGUGUGUUCGCGGCUGCAUAGCUGGCUGUAUGAUCGGUUUGGGGUUUACAUUGAGGAUUUUCGCUUCCAGCCUGAGGAGAACACGGUUGAGGCUGAGGAGCCACUAAGUGCUAAAAGAUUAACAGAAAAUAUGCGACGACUUAAACGGGGUGCCAGACCGGUAACAAAUUUCUUACGGAAUCUUUCCGCCUUAUCCAACUGGCACUCAGUUUAUACGUCAGCGAUUGCCUUCAUUAUUUAUAUGAAUGCAGCAUGGCAUGGCUGGGCUAUUCCUUUGUUUCUAUUCUUAGCCAUUCUGAGGUUGUCGUUGAACUACCUCAUAGCCAGAGGAUGGAGAAUUCAGUGGAGUAUUGUGCCUGAAGUUUCUGAACCUGUGGAACCUCCAAAGGAAGACCUGACUGUGUCUGAAAAGUUUCAGUUAGUUCUCGAUGUUGCACAAAAAGCACAGAAUCUUUUUGGUAAAAUGGCAGAUGUUUUGGAGAAAAUCAAAAAUUUGUUUAUGUGGGUUCAGCCUGAGAUCACUCAGAAGUUGUACAUCGCUCUGUGGGUGGCCUUCAUCUCCUCCUGCGUCCUGCCCUAUAAGCUGAUGGGCUUCAUGAUUGGGCUUUACGCAGGCAUCAAGUUCUUUAUUAUAGACUUCCUUUUUAAGAGCUGUCCGAAACUCCGAGACAAAUACGACACUCCGUACAUCAUGUGGAACAGCCUGCCCACCGACCCUCAGCUGAAAGAGCGCAGCAAUGCCACUGUGUCUCGACGGCUGUCUGGGUGUGAGAAGAUUCAGCCAGUGGUCUCACGGAGCAGUUUAGCCACCAUCCCACCCGGAGUGGCCCGCGAGGAAGAGAGUGGCCGUCCACACAACACAAAGAAAGGAGCAUUCCAUGAGAUCUUCAACCUACCUGAGAUUGAGAGACCUCUGCCCGUAUGUGAGAAUGGAUGGAGAUGCUGUCUGAUAAACAGAGACAGGAAGAUGCCCACUGACUACAUUCGCAACGGGAUGCUCUAUGUCACCGAGAACUACCUGUGUUUUGAGAGCUCCAGCUCAAGAUCGGGGUCUUCAAAGAAGAACAAAGUCAUAAAACUGGUGGACAUCACAGAUAUACAGAAGUACAAAGUUUUAUCAGUUCUACCUGGGUCUGGAAUGGGCAUCUCUAUUGCCACCCCAUCAACACAGAAGCCACUGGUCUUUGGUGCCAUGAUACACAGAGACGAGGCCUUUGAGACGAUCUUCACCCAGUACAUGAAGAUCAUGACCACAGCCAACCCUGAGACAUAACUCAACCUUUUAUCCUUCUGGAGGAUAUCUUGUUUGGAAAAGUAUGGGACCAGUGUUUCCUGUCUGGUUAACUUUAAUUGACAGUAAUUUGGAUGAUUGUCGGCUUAUGAUGUGACCAGCAGGAGAUUUAGCGAGCUGACAUUCCAGCGAGAGUUCUGCAUCUCAAAGAAGAGACUUUUUUUCAACCGGAGGGAUGCGGGCGGCUUCUCGUCAUGCUCGACUGUGACCUUUUUGGCUUUCAAAGAUGAGCACAUAGAUCAGACUUCAUGUUUUGUACUCAUCUCUCAAUGAUUCAGAUUUCAUGUCUGGUUUUAUCCUAGAAGAUGUUACGGGGGGUGGGGGUGGGGUGUUAAAGAAGGUCUUUAACACUUUAAACAUUGCAAGAAUACAUUUUCUUAAUCAGUAUUUUUGUUUAAAACAAGACACAUUAGUCAAACUUAAUUCAAGAUAUGUGUCUUGUUUUCUUACACAAUUUUGAUUCUCAAGUAAAUUUGUCUUUUAACGAAAUUUAGAUAUUUUGUACUGGAAAACGACAAAAAUACUGAUUAAUACAAAGAAAAAAAAAGGCUGUUCACACUUUAGGUGUUUUGCAGCAACAAAUCGACUGGAAGUCAUUAAUUUUCAAUGAGAAUUGGCAAUUUAAGGCACCGUACAGGUAGUUUAUAUUCAAUCUUCUCAGCCAUGAAGCUUUCAAAUCUCAUUUGUGCCAGUGUUCAGUUAGAAAAAGAUGACUUUUUUAUUUCUAAAAGUUAUGAGGCCGGUUAUAAAGUUGAACUUUGCUCACUUUUUUAUGUUGGCAAUGGUCGCUGAUUUUCAAGUUGCAAGAAAUCGACAGCUUUCAUUGAAAAUGACUUCUGGUUACUUUGUCACUGCAAAUCACUGUCAGUGUAAAUGACCUUUAAGACUGAUAAACAAAGCCUUUUUUUUCUUUUCUUUUUUUUUUUUACAUUUGUUUACAUUGUUGCUGUGUGCGUACAACACAGACACACACAAACUCACUUAAUCUCAUCUCUCAGCAAAGUGUGCUUCAUAUGUUUUUAGCAGAACAUCUUCCCAAACUUAACUUUGGGAAAGUGUAUUUUCAAAUGGUUUCAAAUGGCCUUUGCUGUAAUGUCGUAGCAGUCAGCAGAAUCAUUGCUAAUUGAUUGGUUUGCUUACAUUUGAAAACACUAGUUAGAUAUGAAAGGUGUCAAACACAGAUAAGAAAAUUUGGUCGCACUUUAUAUUGCAGUAUGUGUACUAACUGUGUACUUAUACAAGAAAGUACUGAGUAAUAUAAGGUAACUACUUGGACAUAAUAUUAAGGUUAGGUUUAGUACAUAGUACAAACAUGUAGAACAGGACUGUAAAAUAAAGUGCUAUCGAACAUUUUUACCAAGUAUUUCAUGUAUGUAUGUCUUACAGAUGAACACCAGUUACUUGAUAAUAUUUUGUCACUUAAACUGUUGCUAAAUGAAGUUAAAUAUAGUAGAUGUUCACAGAACCUAUUCAUAAAGUGACUGUAGUAUAAGUCUUUGGAUGAAUCUCACAAAGAAAUAUUCAGAUCAUAUUUCACCUAAAAAAAAUGAAAAUAAUGUAAAAAUAAUAUAUAUUAAAAACUUGAGACAGUUUCCUCCACACAUUCUCAAUAACAUAAUGCAAAAAUAAAAAUGGCAUACAUUAAAUUAUACUUAACAUUUGUGUUACAAAUGCACUUUAUAAUUUCAUUAAGUUUAUUUUUCAUUAUGAAUGAGAUUUUAUUUUCACAUCAAGAAAAUGUCACAUUGAAAAAAAAAUGCUAAGAGGUUAAAGUAACAUGUGACGUGUAAAUUUCAGUUUUUGUGAGAUUCACCCCUUUACACUCAUCAGCCACUAUAAAGUGUAACUUUUAAUUGCUUUGGUUUAAUUAACAUUGAGGGAAAAAAGCUUGACUUUUAGUCAGAUUAUUUCAGAACAGCUAAUGUAUAAACUUUUGAAAAACAUCCUUUGGCACAAACAAGCAUCACAUCUGCUCAAUGCUUUAGUAGUAAAUGCAGUAUGAUGCGAAUAGCCUGUAAUGUUGCAAUUUACCAUAAUAGGUUCCAUACUGGAAAAUAAGAGAAACCGAAAUGAAGGAAUUUUUAUUGUACAGUAUUUAUAGUGGGCCACACAUUUUGUUGCUCUACCCUAAACUGAAGUGGUUGAUUGCACAGAUAUACUACAACAUUAAGAGUUGAUUUUAAUAAGUAGCGGAUAUGUAUUUGUAUCUAAGACAUUCCAAAGAUCAUCAUUUUAGGAGAAAAUACUGUUCAUACUUUGUCUUCCCAUACAUCUGUUAGUUUAUUCACAUUUUUGAGGGACUGUUGAAUGUUGCUCAGCUCCCAAAGAUGAAUCAGUGUAUUUUACCAAAGGCCCUCUAGAGCAGGUGUCUCGAACCAUGCUCCUCAAGGCCUACCAUCCUGCAGAGUUUAGCUCCAACCCUAAUCAAACACACCUGAACCAGCUAAUCAAGGUGUUGAAGGUAUAGCAGGUAAGUGUAUUGGAGCAGGGUUGGAACUGAAGUCUGCAGGAAGGUAGGCCUCCAGGAGCAGGGUUGACUACCCCUGCCAACCCUAGAGCUUUUGGAAGUCUCCCACACUCUGGCUGUUGUGUUGGAUUGCACUAAUGAAGCGCAGAAUGAAUAGGAUAACUUCUAGGUUACUAAUGUAACCCCUGUUCCCUGAAGGAGGGAACAGAGACGUUACAUUGCUACUGGCCUAUUGGGGUCUUGCCUGGGAGCCCAAUCACCCAAGUGGUAACUAUACAAGCCAAUGAACAUUGGCCAGUGAGAUUUGCAUGACGAAUCUCACCUACUCAGACAUGUGGGUGUAAAUAUGACAGGCAAUACUCACUUCAUUCAUGUUUUGCUGAGGAGCCGAGACUCGGAUCCCGGCCAUUCAGUGGUCGUUCAGGGCUGUGGCAGGAGGGAGGUAACAUCUCUGUUCCCUCCUUCAAGGAGCGGGGGUUACAUUAGAAGCUAGACAUUCCCAUUCAGUCAGUCAUGUUCUAUGUUACGGCGAUACUGAUAUAUGGGGGUUCCUAUGGAAAGCGCCACAGCCACUGAAUUUUGUUACAAGUGUUGGAGAUACAGAUGCUGACAAGUUGUUGUGUGCCCUUUUGACAACUGCCCUCUACGCAGUCGUAACCUACCCAGCGCUCCACGUAAGCCCAAGGAAAAUAGUCCUCCAUACCAGUGGGAUAUUAUGAUAAGAGGAACUCACCUGAAGAGCAAGUAGGCACUCGUAUCCCCCCGUUAGAGGGGAAUGACACUGCAAGCUAGACACCAAGAAACCAUCUCCACUCGGAGAUUGUAGAAUCUCACAAACGUGUUAAGUGUCACCCAGUCCACAGCUCUGCAGAUGUCUGCCAGAGACAGACAUCCAGGGGUCUUCCUGCCAGGAAGAACACCAAUCAGUGAACAGACUCUACUUCAAACAUAAGUGUGCCUGGUAGAGGGGGCUCUAGCUUGAAUGAUAGUGUCUACUACCUCCAGUGAUAGGCAACUUAAUUCCUCUGCUUCCUGUCCAGAGACCACACGUGGAGGUUCCAGAGGUCUGGGCACGGGUGCCACAUGGUGGCCCGUCCUUGAAAAAGCAGGCCCUUCCUCAGGGGAAUCUGCCAGGGAGGGGCUGUCGCGUGGAGCAUCAGGUCCGAAAACCAGGUCCGGGUGGGCCAGUAAGGCACAACCAUCAAUACCUGCUCUUCGUGCUCCCUGACCUUGCACAGUGUCUGUGCGAGCAGGCUCACUGGGGAAAUGCAUACUUGCGUAGGCCCCGGGGCCAGCUGUGUGCCAGAGCAUCUGUUCUGAGGGUCCCCUUGGUCAGAGAAUAGAACAACUGGCAGUGGAAUGACUUCUGGGAGGCAAACAGUAUUACCUGUGCAUUCCCAAAUUGACUCCAGAUCAGCUGGACCACCUGGGGGUGGGGUCUCCAUUCUCCCAAGAGUGUAAACUGUCAUGAGAGCACGUUGGAUGCACGAUUGAGCUUGCCUGUGAUGUGAACGGCGUGAAGCAUCAUGAGCUUAUCCCGCUUACAUGGAGGUUGAUGUAUGCAACAGUCACAGUGUUGUCCGUAUGGACCAACACGCACUUGUCCUGAAGCAACGGUCAUAACUGCUGUAUGACGAACAGCACUGCCAGCAACUACAGGCAAUUGGUAUCCCAUUGCAGUUGAGGUCCUGUCCAGGAGUCCAAUGCUACACGCCCAUUGCACACUGUCUGUGUGAUGGCCACACGGAAUGUGCCGCAGAGCUAUGCCCAUCUUGGGACUCGGCCGUGUAGCCAGUGCUGAAGCGGUCUCAUAUGCAUCAAUCCGAGCAGUGUUACUGUGGCUGCGGAUGCCAUAUGCCCCAGGAGCCUCUGAAUUUUUUUCAGUGGAACUGCUGUCUCUUGCCUGAAUGUAUUCAGACAAUUCAGCACUGACUCUUUGGCCAUGCUGACCAAGUUCAACUCCAUACCAAGAAAAGAGAUGCUCUGUGUGGGGAAGAGCUUGCUCUUUUCCCAGUUGACCCGAAGCCCCAGAUGGCUGAACACCAGGGUCCCCUGUGUUUGCCUAACUGAUCCCAAGAGAAUGAGUCAGUCAUCGAGAUAUGCAAGUUCAAUAUGUGAAUGCCCACCUUCCUGAGCAGGGUAAGGACAGCCUCUGUGACUUUGGUAAAGAUGUGGGGAGACAGGGACAGCCCAAAAGGGAGACCUUGUACUGAUAUGCUCGACCCUCGAAGCAAAGCGUAGGAAAGGUCUGUCGAGGUAAAAUCGAGUGCUGGGUGGCAACAGAGGGGAUCUAGAUUUUUCUCUGUGCACAGCCCUUUCAUGAAGCGAAUCACCCCUGUAUGUGCCAACACCCCGGCAGGAGAGAUCCGAAAUAAACUAUUUUUAGCAAUUAAAAUUGCUCUUUCUCUGUACAGUAAUCCACUUCAUUUGAAGAAUGACUGGAAUGAGUUGAUUGCUUUUCACAACCACUCGUCUCCAAAGCAAAAUAUAAUAAGUGAGUAAUGCCGGUCAUAUUUAUGCCCGCAUGUCCAGGUAGGUGUGACUCGGCAUGCAAAUCUCACUGGCCAAUGUUUAUUGGCUUGUUUAGUUACCACUUGGAGGUGACUGGGCUCCCAGGUGAGACCCCGAUACAUCAGUAUCAGCGUAAUGUUGAAUGUGACUGACUGAAUGGGAACUAAUAGUUUUGCCAAAUGUUGUUUCUUUAACUGCUCAUUGUCUGUCUCAAACUGAUGUUUACACAAGCUGGGUCAAAAACAGUCAAGACCAGUUUGAUCCCUGCUAACCAGCCCAGCCCAGGGGCAUGAAAACUGGUAUAAUAUCAUUUUUGGUCUUUUCUUGGGGAAAGGGGAUAUUUUUCUUAUGGUAUUGGGCACAAAUGCUUUUAGAAAAUGUAUCAGCUCUAAGACACUAAUUAUGAGUAUACUGAUAUAGCACAUGAGUGAAUUUCACAAAAACGGACAAGAACAUGCCCAGGGGCCGGAUUCACAAAAAUAUUCUUAGGAAAGAAGUUUAAAAGAGGUUCUUUAGAUAAAUUCCAAGAAGUUCUAACACUGUGUCUACACCGGACGUGACCGUUGAUGUGUUGUAUCGCACCGCAACAUCCAGUGUCUACACUGGAUGCAACAAAGCAACCAUUGCAAAUCCAUUACUGAUAUAUAGUUCUGCUCCACUUCACAUACGAUGAGUGGUAGGGGAAUUUUAGAAUAACACGAUAGCCAUUUAUGACAUUUUAUUUAACAGCAACUGCAGCUCAUUCUGCACGUCAUACAUCAUUACGCCAUUUCUACGUCAUUGCACAUGCGCAGUUCUUUUGCACUUUUGGUAUCAAUCCGAUCAAGUGUUUACAUGUCUUCUCAAUCCGAUUACAAAAGGAAUUAACCACCCCUUCCAAUCCAACAGAAAUUUAAUUCGGAUCGAGCUCAAUCGGAUCAAUUAAGGUGUUUACAUGAAGGCUUUUCAGCUGUCAACGGAUUGGUUGCAUGUAAACGUAGCCACUGUUUAUGGUUCAUGAUCGAUUGGUCACUUCGAUCACAUUGGAGUACUCGUCCACAUUCCUAAUAUGUAUUACUCUAUAUGUAGCUAGUGUUGUAAUGCAUGUUAAUAUUUGACACAACCCAAUAAAUUCACUGAACAUCUUA